AUUUAUUUUUUGUGGUUUUGUCCGGUGGGAUACAGGUUUUAUUAUACUUCCCAGUGUUCUGAGAAAAGUACUAUAGUUAAAUUUACUAUUUGUAAUUCAACUUAAAUGUAACUAAUUUUGCUAGUUAAUACUUUAUCUUUGUUUUGGAAAUUAGCAUGGCAGCUAGCUAGCGUUAGCAGAUUAGUUAGCUAUCUUAGCUGGCAUUAACAGUUAACUGUUUAGCUAUCUAACGUUAGCUACAUGGGAAGUAUUUAUCUGUUUGCCUAUAAAUGUAUUUAGCUAACCUAGACAACUAACGUUACACACUUAGCUGACUUCGUUCGCUAACUAUCCAUCAUGCGUAACAAAUGCAGUUUAAGUUUUCAUGAUGUACAGUUUGGUGUUCAUGGCUAGCUAGCUAUCCCUAAUUACAUUAGGGAUCGCUUCCUUUUUCAGGGAAUUAUCACGGAAUUAGCUAGCUAACCUAGGCUCUCGGUCUUUGAAUCUGCGUGGGAGACAUAAAGAGGAAUCUGCAUAGCCCUCAGGGUGAGGGGGCAUACAGCUGGGAUGCCGCCAGUGUCAGAGGCUGACGUACAGUUGGUGCAUGAGGGCCCUGGAAAACUCGUGCUGGCUGACUGCUUGUGUCCUGUCUGCCUGGAGAUCUUUCUGGAACCUGUCACACUGCCAUGUACUCAUACCUUUUGCAAACCCUGCUUCCUGGAGACUGUGGAUAAGGCCAACAUGUGCUGUCCUCUGUGCCGAAAGCGAGUGUCCACCUGGGCCAGACAUAAUGGCAGGAACAAAACCCUGGUGAACAUGGAGCUGUGGAGACGUAUCCAGGAAGCCUUCCCUGCACAGUGUCAGCGGAGAUUAAAUGGAGUUGAUGAUGGGGAUGAUAUGAAUGCAUUUAUUCCAAAACCCAAGGUUAGUCUUCCAGGAGAGCUCAGGAAAGAAUAUGAGGACCAGAUUAGCAAGUUUGUAGAAGAGAAGCGUGCUCUGGAGGAGGCGGAGAGGAAAGCCAGCGAGGAGUACAUCCAGCGUCUCCUGGCUGAGGAAGAGCAGCGAGUAGUGGAGGACAGGAGGAGGCAGGAGGAGAAGCUUGAGGAUGAUGAAAAACUUGCAAGAAUACUAAGCAAAGAGCUGAACUCAAGCCAGAUUUUGGAAUCUCAAAGAAACAUUAAACUGAAUGAUGCUACUUCAGCCAAGACAAAAAAAUCCUCUGUUGGACACAUUGAGAAGUUUCUGUGUCCAAUGCCUUCUGGACAACCACACUGUGAGACCAGUCCAGCAACCACCUUUUUGGCCAAUAAGGAAACCAUUCUGAAUGCACCAUUGACGCUUUUGCCAUGCGCUGCAGGGCCUUGCAGUCUUGAAAUGCCUGCCUCGAAUUCUUGCAGCACAUCUUGGCACUCAAACUCUGACCCUGACCCUCAUGAACAGCUCUCCCCCGCUUCUGAGAGUAGCAGCUUCCCCAAAAGGAAGAUGGAAGACUCUGAACUGGCUGGGGAUGCUGACCUUCACAAGAGGCCCUGCAGCUCUCCACAGGGCAACCUCACCCUGCAGGAGCUGGCACUGCAGGAGGCCUUGUGGAGCCGCUGGCAGCAAGAGGAGGAGGACAGGCAACUGGCCCAGCGUAUCCAGAGGGAGCUGGACCGCGAGAACAUCAUGGACCGCAGGAAGGGCUCCGCUGACAGCUACAUGCUGAGGCAGAAAAGCAGCCCCCUUCCUACCACCACCACCACCACCAGCACCAGCACCAGCAGCAGCAGCAGCAGCACUACCCCUGCAGCAGCUUGUGUCUCAAGGCAGAGAGUGGGCAGAGAAAAGGCUGGGAAGAGAGUGUCCAGAGCUGGCAGACAGCCAGAGGGAAAGAUACCCAAGGAAGGGCUGGCCUCUGCACGGAUGUCACCUUCCUCAGCCUCCCCAGCACAGAGGGGGGCUAAGCAGAAGCAGACUACAUUGGCUGAAAUGUUUCCCAGCAUGGGCAGGUGAAUGUAAAAGUAUGGCAGCCCGACUGUAGAAACGCCUCGCUAAUCCUCAAGGGUCUCACUGCUACUAAAUGACUUGGACCCAACUCUCUAACUUGGAGUAUCAAUCCUUAUUUUGUUUGCAUAAGUUAAUUUUUUUUAAGUUUUUUUUUGGAAGUAGUGAUGUAAGUUUUGGGUGACUGGAGGGAAUGUUUGGGUGGAGUAGAAUGUGCAGUGUCCUCACUUUCUUUGUUUUCUAGUGUAUAUUCAAGUCAUGAAUAGUUUAUAAGGUUGAGUGUUUAAAUUCUGUUGACUACUGCACAAAGUUAUUGUUACUUAUUUUUAAUUAAUAAAACAAGUUGAAGAAA